AUUUAGGUUAAGCUCUUGAGGCAGUGAUUAUAUAUAUAUACCAAUCAUAUAACAUAACUUUUAAGUUUUUUGGGAUCAAAAUAGCGUUUUGCGUCUGGAUUUUCUAGUCAACUGAUUCAUGGAAGAGGAGAAGAAGGAAGUAUAUUCAGUGUGGGCAUUGCCUGAUGAGGAAACGGAGCCUCGAUUCAGAAAGCUAAUGGAAGCUCUGAGAUCCGAAUUCACUGGUCCAAGAUUUGAUCCUCACGUCACCGUCGCCGUAGCCGCGAAUCUGACGUUAGAGGAAGCCAAGAAGAUGUUCGAAGCGGCUUGCGACGGUCUGAAAGCUUACACCGCCACCGUGGAUCGCGUCGCUACCGGAACUUUCUUCUAUCAAUGCGUUUUCUUGCUUCUUCGAUCCACUCCGGAGGUAAUGGAAGCUGGUGAACACUGUAAGAACCAUUUCCAUUGCUCCACCACCACACCUUACAUGCCGCAUUUGAGCCUGCUUUACGCCGAGUUAACAGAAGAAGAGAAGAAGAAAGCGCAGGAGAAAGCUUACACGCUCGAUGACACCGUAGAUGGCCUGAGUUUCCGGUUAAACCGACUCGUUCUCUGCAGGACCGAUACCGAAGACAAAACUCUUGAGUCAUGGGAGCAAGUGGCUGUAUGCAAUCUCAAUCCUUAAAGAAAGACAAUAGUUUGGUUUAUGAAUCUGUAAUAAAAGGUCUCAAUGAACUCGCUUUAGAGACCAAUGUGUAUUUGUCUCUAAUAUCGAAUUAUCUUGCAAUACUCCUCACGGCACACUGCACCAAACUUUCUAAAAAAUUUACAUGA